AUGAUGAUGGUCCCUCGCUCCUUUGUCCAGAACCCUCUGGCCCUGUCACAGAGGCGGCGGUCGGAUUUCGGCGAGAAGGAGGCCUUGUCUACCCAGCGAUCUAUCAAUAGCAGAUCUCGCUCUCCGUCGCCUUCAGCCUUAUCCCGACCACUGUCGCAGUCGCCAGACUCAGAGACCAGGUAUCAACCUUCAUCCGACCCUGUAAGAAUCCCAAGUCGAAACACCAGAGGCAAACCCCCAAAACCCGAGAGACCUGCUCCGACCACCCUCCAGAUUCCCACAUCCGCUGCUGCAAACUUGCCUCGGACAGGACCUCCAAGGAGAGAGUCGGUCCAAGACAUCCUCUCUUCGACAACAAUCCCCAUCAGGAAGAAGCCCAGGCAACGGCCGGCCCAGCGCUUACCCAAUUGCGACUAUGUUGCUGAUUUCAGCAAGCUCCUGAGAGAUGACGUACAGUCGCAAGGAGACGCACACUUGUCGGGCAGUUGGACAAAUCCCCAGUUUGAAGGCCUAUUCGGAAAUAUCGAUGGCUUUAUCGAGGAUCAGGUGAUUGUCGGAAGCGAGGGUGUGGAUGCCAGUCUCUUAUCCACCCGGUCCCUCUCAAGCGACUCCAUGCCGUCUUUGGCCUCCCCAGACGACUUCAGCACCAACGACAUGCCUAGUGUCUCCCCAGCCACCAUCCGAUCCCCUGCUGAUCCUAGAUUACGACAAGUUGCCAGUUCCGAAGACUGUAGCAAUCAACAUCCUCUGCUUUCUCGAGACGACGAUUGCCAAUUCAGCGGAGCCUCAACUCCUGAAUUGCUGGUAUCCUCUCCUCCAAAGCCAAGACGAAGAGAUGUUUUAGAACAGAAGGCACAUCGUUCUUUUAAAUCCAGCCUCACUGCAUCAUUAAAAGCAUUGAAGUCUGCCGCUCAAACUGUGUCCAAUAUCGCCACCACUCCUCCACUUGUUCCACCCGACGAAUUCCUAGGUGCUUCCAUUUUCGAGUUUAAACCCGAGCUCACCGAUGAUCGACGACCUCCUCCAUCGGUCGAACCGCCUUCGGCCGCGAUGAGGAGAUACCUGAACCCGAGGGCGACCAUGCCAGCUGAUUCACCUGCUCAAUUGCAUUUCUGGCUGGAUGAGAAGCCCGACCCUCAUUCGAAAGUUGUGGGAAAUCGCAAACCCAAGCUCAAGACCAAGAAGAAGAACCAGCCAGCAAGCUCUAAUUCAUCGAAGCUGAAGAACUCCAGGAACCGUACCGCUCUACUUCCAUCUGUUGUUCAGCUGUCCACAUGCAUUCCUUCGACAAUCCGAACUGCCAACGCGUCAAGUCCGCCAACGUGGCUUGAACCGGAUGGAACUCCAAGCAACAAACACCGUGCCGCUCAAGCACUCACCGACGGGACAGCCGACUCUCCCCACGGUGAAGGACAGCCUCGACCUCGAGAGCCUCGCGAGAACAGAGACUUCCUCCGCGUAUAUGUGUGCGAGCUGAACAUGCGUAAAUGUGGAAAGUUAGCCGAUGAAGCCCAUGGCCACGCCAAGUUAUGGUUGCCUCCUGUCACCGAGGACAACAAAGACAAGAAGAACAAGCAAGGAGAAGAGAUCGAAAAGAAAACCGGCGUGGAUCGGUGGCCGAGCUGGACGAGUGAUGAUAUAUGA